GAGGAGGCAGACCGAGCGCACCGACCGAGCUCCGCUCAACGCAGCUCCCAGUUUUUAUUUAUUAUUCACCAUUCACAAUAGACUUUUCUGCGCAUAUUUGAUCUUUGGGGAGAAGUAAUUAUAGAGUGGGGUUUGGGGGAAGUUUUUAUUAUUUUGUUUUGCAUAGCAAAGUUUGGCUCAACUGGGGUAGAAAGUCAAACACUUAUUAAAGUUUUUGGAGGCUGGUUCACGGUUUUUCUGAAUAAAGGAAAAAUGGAUCUUGUGGCGCUGGUGGCCUUCAGCUCCUGGCUGGCUCCCGCUCUUGGAUCAGCGUUUGGCAGGGAGGUGUUUGCUUCAGCAGCAGAUCAUGACAAAGACUACGACAGCGCCUUUCAUUACGACUAUGAAUCGCUAAGAAUCGGCGGACUGGUCUUCGCAGUGGCGCUCUUCCUCCUGGGCAUCGCCCUCAUUGUCAGCAGAAAAUGUACCUGUUCAGGCAGCAGCAAACCCGAGAAGUCAAAGGCCCGAAGUCCUGAUGCAGAAGCUGGUGUGCAAAGAGAUUAAAUGUCCUGACAACCAGUUUGUUUCCACGCUGCAGCCAGCAGGUGGCAGCAGACACCACGAUGACAGCAGAAGACACUCUUUCCACAAACAUAGAGCUUUCUUCACUUUCUUCAUGUUACUCUUUUCCUUUUUCUUCUUUUUUCUAUGUGUUGAUCACCAGUGGAUUUUGUGCCAAACUUUAUACAGUAGCCAUAGUUUGAUUACCAGAUGUAUUUUUUGACUUUCUGAUCGAUGCUUAUAAUAAAGAAAAUGUUUGAA